UAAAGACAAAAGUGUGUUGAGUGUUUAAGAAAUGUUUGUCUGAUAACACGUUUAUAUCACCGAUGGAUUAGUGUUUAUAUCAUCAGAAAAAUAGUUUUAUUAUAGAGAUCAUUGAUUUUUAUAAACAGGUAACUCAUAUUUAACCUUAACCUAUCACUAAAAACCAUAUAGUCUGUAUGAUACACUGUAAAGAUGGGAGAUAUCUGGGUAACUGCUGGAAUAACAGUUCUUAAGUUCAUCACAUUUGUUUAUGAUGUAAUAUCCUUUGUUCCCUAUUACAUAAUCUACAGACCUGAUCUGAGGGUAAAACAGUGUCAUCGAUUAAAGGCCAAGUCUGUUGGAGGUAAAAGUGGUCCAUAUAGGGCUGUGGAAAGCCUUGGUGGGUUAUCAACACAGCUACAUAACUGUGAUACAUUGGAUGAUUUAUUUAGUAAUGCUGUCCAGUCAUACUCCACCAGGAAAUGUUUAGGAUACAGGGAGGUGCUCAGAGAAGAAGAUGAGAAGCAACCAAAUGGCAGAGUGUUCAAAAAGGUUAUGCUUGGUGAUUAUAACUGGAUGACAUAUGACGAUGUUUAUACCAGAGCCACUAAUUUUGGAAGUGGGUUACUUGCCCUUGGGAAGACUCCAAGACAGAACAUACUAAUCUUUGCUGAAACAAGCCCUUAUUGGAUGAUAGCAGCUCAGGCUUGCUUCAAGUAUAAUUUCCCAGUGGUAACUUUGUAUGCCACCCUAGGACCAGAUGCCAUUGUACAUGGAGUCAAUGAAGCUGAAGUAUCAUAUAUCAUCACCAGUGCUCAACUGCUGCCUAGAUUUAAAGGAAUUAUGGACAGAAUGCCUAAAGUGACACAUAUUAUAUACAUACCUACUCAGAGACCCUACCAGAAGGACCAAGAUCUACCUAAACAUGUAAAGCUGUUAUCCAUGGACGAAGUAGAAAAUAUUGGGGCCAUACCUGAUAAUUUGAAAACCCCUCUAACAAAACCAAAAAGAAAAGAUAUAGCAGUUAUAAUGUAUACCAGCGGUUCUACAGGUGUACCUAAAGGUGUAUUGAUAUCUCAUGGGAAUUUGUCAUCAGGAAUGUCAGGACAGUGUGAGAAAAUCCUGGGAUUGGGAACUGAUGAUACUUACAUUGCAUAUCUUCCAUUGGCCCAUGUUCUAGAGCUCAGUGCAGAAAUAGCAUGUUUGUCUAAAGGAGUUUGUAUUGGUUAUGGUUCACCACUGACACUUACUGAUAAGUCCAGUAAGAUUAAGAAAGGUAGUCAAGGAGAUGUUACAGCAUUAAAACCAACUCUGAUGGCUUCAGUUCCUCAAAUUAUGGACAGAUUAUAUAAGGGAGUGUGGGAGAAGGUCACAGAAGAUGGAGAAUUCUCUAAAGCCUUAUUUAAAUAUGCCUGUGAUUACAAAACACGAAGGCUAGUGGAUGGGUACAGCACACCACUGUUAGACAAGAUACUUUUCCAGAAAAUUAGGAAUUUACUUGGAGGAAGAAUAAGAAUGAUGUUGUGUGGUGGUGCUCCAUUAUCGGAGAAGUCACAGAUAUUCAUGAAUGUUUGUUUUUGUUGUCCAGUAUUACAGGGUUAUGGACUUACAGAAACGUGUGGAGCAGGAACUAUUACAGAAGUUGCAGAUUUUUCUACAGGAAGAGUUGGAGCACCAUUGAUUUGUACUGAGCUAAGACUUAGAGACUGGGCAGAAGGCAAUUACAGAUCAACAGACACACCAUGCCCAAGAGGAGAAAUAUUGCUAGGAGGUGGUAACAUUGUACAAGGCUACUACAAAAUGGAAGAGAAGACAAAAGAAGAUUUUAUUGAGAUAGAUGGAGUAAGAUAUUUUUGUACUGGUGAUAUCGGCCAAGUCGAAGAAGAUGGUUGUGUUGCCAUUAUAGAUAGGAAGAAAGAUCUAAUCAAGUUACAAUCUGGAGAAUACAUAGCCCUUGGUCAAGUAGAGACAACAUUGAAGAUGUGUACCAUAGUGGAACAGAUUUGUGUGUACGGGUCAUCACAUCAUGAUUUCACCAUAGCCUUUGUUGUACCAUCAGCAAAAGCAUUAAAGGAGUUAGCAGAAUCCAUGAGCCUUGAAGGAGAGAUAGCUGAUCUUUGUAAAAAUAAACUGAUUGAGAAGGAAAUUAUCAAAAGGAUAACAGAGUAUGGAAUUAAAGCCAAGCUUGACAAAUUUAGCAUUCCCAGGAAGAUUUUACUCUGCCCUGAAGUAUGGAUGCCAGAUUCUGGACUAGUUACUGAUUCCAUGAAGUUUAAAAGAAAAAGUAUUGAAGCUGAAUUCAAGGAGCAGAUCAACAGAAUGUAUGACUGUUAAAGCACUAUAUACUACAUAUGUGUGCAAAAAUUACAAAACCACUAUAAACUACAUAUGUAUAUGUGUGCAAAAAUUACAGUGCUGUCCAUAAGUUGUUUUGGAUGGAUUUUUUGCUAGAAAGUAAAUUUCAAAAUGUUUAAGUUCAAUAGAAAAGAAGCUGUUUGAUGUUUAAGUUAAAUUUUAAGUCUGUCACGUUGUGCAUGUCUCUAUAAUGUUUUAAGUGUUGGUUAAAAGAACAAUGUUUUUGAAAUUGGAUAAAAUCACCUGUUACACAAGAAUGUAUAUCAAACACAAACUAUUGUUUAUGUAUGCCUUAAGUCAUUGCUAGUAUAGAAUAUAUAAUUUAAAUAGUGAUGUCAUUAUUAAUCAAGAUAUUAGAACUGGUAGUGAUAUGCUAUAUAUUGUUGAGAAAUUACUUUGAAUUCAAUCAUUAUCAUAUAUUGGGUGGGUCUUGACUUGCUGAUGAUUUUGCAGGGCCCAAGGGUUCCAACCAAUUAUAAAGCAUAUGCAUUUUUGAGGGGACGAAUAAGUUAAUUUUUGCAAAUUGAUAACGUAAAAGAUGUAACUAUUUAUGUACAGACUAAGCUGCUAUGGGCAAAGUUGUCCCGUCAAACAUUUGGUGUUUAGAUAUCUAAUGAAGGGAUUUCCAUAUGUCAUGCUCACUGAAAUCAAUAUUAUAGGUUCAUAGGGAGUAAAAAUUGUUACCCUGAAAUCUCUAGCAAAACACUUAGAAAUACGUUUUUAAGAUGCAGACAUUCUUAGAUAAAUUGUAUACUUUUCUGUAAACUCAUUGCUUAAAGAUCUCAAAGAAAAGUUGGUAUGAAUAUUAAUCAAUUAUUCCACUGAAUUUGAUAAGUACUGUAGAUCAAGUGAUUUGUAUCCCACUCAUAUAAAUCUGGGAACAGUAUGUCUAUAUCAAUAUAUAUGUUCCUGAAUAAAUGCAUUUGGUAUAAUUAUAUCUAAAAUCUAUGGCUUCCAAGAUAAAUCUUAUCUAAAUGUAUGACUUAUAAGACUAAUCUAAUCUAAAUCUAUGACUUCCAAGAUAAAUCUUAUCUAAAUGUAUGACUUACAAGACUAAUCUAAUCUAAAUCUAUGACUUCCAAGAUAAAUCUUAUCUAAAUGUAUGACUUAUAAGACUAAUCUAAUCUAAAUCUAUGACUUCCAAUAUUGUAUAACCUUCUUGUCGUUGAUGUUAUUGAGUUGCAUUAGUGUGAGCACUAGUUAUAAUUUCAAGAUUCUAGUUGUUGAUAUUUUUAUUUUUGUCAGAUUGCUUUUUAUAUAAUAUAGAAAAGAGGUUGGCAUUUCAGAUAUUAUUAUAGGCAUUGGUAUUUCUGAAGAUGUACCAAUAAGAAAUGUAAAUUUUUGGAUGAUGUAAUAUAGCUAUAGUGUGAAACAAAAAGUACUCUUUGACAAUCCAUACAUUAUUUCUAGACAAACAAAAUUUCUUUUGAUAUCUAAUUUUUGGAAAUACUUAGGGUAAUAGCAAUAACAACUUAAGGUGUUUGUGUCAUAAAGAAAUAAAUGAGUGAUUAUACUAUAAUAUUAUAAUUGUUUGAGAUAUUUAUAAUACUGUGCAUUUAUUAAUUUUAGUUAGAUACCAAAUUUCGUGGAUAGAGGUUAACCACGAAAUUAAAUGUUCAACGAAGUGCAAUUAUCUAUUUGCUUGUAUACAGACUUUGGCAAAACCAUGAGACUGAAAAUCAAAGAAAGUGUAAGUUUUCUUCAAUCACAAAAAAAUUGGUAUCCACGAAAAAUAAAUGAAUCCACAGUAACACUUGUCAGAUUGACAUGUAGACAUUCUAUCAAACUGUAAAUGAAGAAAAAAAAUAUUAAAGGACAAAAUCUCAGAAUUUUAUAUAGAUCUGUCAUCAACUAUGUCUUUGCCAGCAAGCUAUUGAUGAUUUAUACACUGGAUAUGUUUCACUAUUAAUUUGAUCUAUCAUUUUAUGUACUGUAUCUGACAGUUUAACCUAAAAUAUUUCUAAAAAUGAUAAAUUUUUGGUAACUUCAAUAUGUUUUGUUAAUAAUAAUUAUCAUUACAAACUGACAUGCAACUGUCAUGACUGUGUAAAAUAUUUUUUUUUUGCAAUAAUGAAAAAAAGUACUGCUGUAUGUUAGCCAGAAUUAUUUUGUAAUAAUUUGACUAUCAACUCUAAUGUACAUCCUUGAAGUAAAUAAUUUAUUAUACACCGUUCUUUUUUGUUUUUGUUAGUUUUUGGUAUCUUAAGAUUAUUUUGUCUUUUAAACUAUUGUUUCAUGACCUUCAUUACUUGCUUAUUAGAUUUUUAAAAAAUCAUGAAGGUGAAGUUGUAUUUAAAAAAAAAAAAUUUCAUUGGAAGAUUGCAGUAAUCAUAAUACUUGAAAUAUUGAAAUAUGAUAUUUCAAAAGUUUUUAGGUCCACUAGAGUCCUUAGGUGAAUAAAGGUACGUAAAUCUGUACCCAAUAUGCAACUAAAAAAGCAAAAUAGAUUUGCUAAUAAUUGAUAAGCAUAAUUAUGUACUAUUAUAAUGUUCUGCUAUUUAUUCAAGUUUUCUUUCUUUACUUAUUUUUAUGUUUAAAAUGAUGUUUUUUUGUUAAGUUUACAGAAUUCUUUAUUUCUCAACUUUGUCAUAUUAUUUUUUAUUAAAGCAAUUUGUAUUCUUAUUUGUUUUUUUUUUUACAUUAAAAAGUCUAAAAUUAUAUUUUUACAUAUGUACCUAUUUUUAGCAUAUUAGAUAAUAGAUUUUUACCUCAGUCUAUAUUUUAUGUAUAUGGAAUUGCUUUCAAUCUAUUUUUAUGCCUGAUAGAAAUAGACAUAAAAAUGAAAGCCAGCAAAAUAAAUUGCAGUGCCAUGCAUAACCAUGUGCUUCUCUUUUGAGUCUUACCUCUUCGCUCUAUAAUACUGAAGUAGUGGGAGGCUGAAUAUAAUUAUAUUAAUUAAAAUCCAAUCAAAAAAUCUAGCAUCAGUAAACUAUAAUUGAUCUAUUUCAGUGUAUAAUUAAAACAUUAAAUUAAAGUUAUCGUGUUUUAGUUUACUGAACCAUGAAUCCUUUUUAGCUAUAUAUACCAAAGCUGUAAAAAAAAAGUUCAAAAAAUCUUCAAUCUUUACAUAGAUAAAUUAGUGGAAUCCAAGAUGUCAGCCCUCUCCUCUAUUUUGAAAAAUUGUUAAGUGCUUUUUCUGAUUAUUAAGGCUUCCAUUUGUUAAAAUCCUGUAACUGUUGAAGUUGUCAAUGAUGAAUCCAGCUGAGAAUUAUUUUGUUGUUAGAUUUUUUGUGAUUCUAUUUUUUCGGCUUAUACGAUGUCAGAAAUAAAUAAAGGUGAAACACUUGCAUAAUAAUAUAAUUAUAUGUUCCUUGUUCUGACUAUGUAUGUACAUGUUAAACACAUAACAAUAAUAAAUUUGACGUAAAUUGGUCUGGAAAAAAAUUUGUAGUGUAGCAGCCUCAUUGAUUUAUAUACACAGAUAAGCUAUAUUUUUGCCAUGUUUGUAAAAUUUGUAGCAUAAUAAAUGUUAAUCAAA